UAUAGGUGGAAUAAUCAUUCUUAAUCACAAAAAAUCCUAAGAUAAAUUUAUUCUCAUUCAAUAUUGGUGGUAGAUUCUAAUUACAUUUGAAUGCGAGAAAAACAGUAAGCGAAAUUUGUUUUAGAGGAACUGACAAGAGAAGAGGAUGUAUUGGAAUGGCUAGUGCAAAACAAAUCGACCGGUGAUGAGGAGGAUGUCAUUGAAGACGUCACUGCCAAAACGUUAGAAACACUAAUCGGCUCAAUAGAUAACCUGGUUGUCCUUUUCUAUGAUAACGAUGAUGAGGACUCGAUGCAAGUUCUUGGAGAGUUGGAGAAAAUCGAUGAUGACUGUGAUAAACAUGGAAUUCAGUUUGUGAAAAUAGAUGACGCCAAAGCUGCUAAAGAAUUCGGAAUUGAUGAUCUGCCUGCAAUUGUCUAUUUUGAGAAACAAAUUCCAAACGUUUAUGAUGGUGACAUUGAAAACGAGGAUGAGAUUCUGGAGUGGCUUGUUGAGCAGCUGGAAAAGGACGAGAUUGAAGACGUAACUGAUGAGAUGUUGGAUCGACUGGUGAAAGAAGGAAAGACGCUCGCUGUACUAUUCUACGACAAUAACGAUCGCAAGUCACAACGUGUUCUUGACGAAUUGGAAAAUAUCGAUGAUGAAUGCGACUCCCUGGGAGUUGUCUUCGUGAAACUGGACAACACAGAGGAGGCCAAGAACUAUGGCAUUGAAAAGAUACCCGCACUCAUGUACUUUGAAAAAGGAAUUCCCAUGAUUUAUCCAGGUAACUUGGAAGAGGAAGAGAAAGUGCUCAAGUGGUUGGAGCACCAACAGCAUAAUGAUGAAAUCGAGGAUGUCACUGAUGAAAUGUUGGACAUGAUUAUUGGAAAGAUGCCUCACGUAGCUGCUCUAUUCUACGACAGAGACCAGAAAAAAAGUCAAAAGGUUUUAGCAGAGCUUGAAAACAUUGAUGAUGAGUGCGAUCAAAAUGAUAUAGCUUUUGUCAAAAUAGACAACGAUGAAGAAGCUAAGGAAUACGGAAUUGACAGCUUGCCAGCUCUAGUCUAUUUUGAAAAACGCAUACCACAUAUUUAUGAGGGUGAUCUGAUGAAAGAAGAAGAACUUCUAAGUUGGCUGAUUCACCAGAAGAGGCACAGUGAAAUCGCUGACGUCACUGAUGAAAUCAAGGACAAAUUAUUGGAAACUGUUCCUUAUCUAGUUGUACUCUUCUAUGAUAAAGAAGAUAAACAGGAUAUUAGAGUUUUGAACGAACUUGAAAAUAUUGACGAUGAAUUGGAUAAAGAAGGAAUUGUGAUUGUCCGUCUUGACAAUAAGCAAGAAGCCAAAGAGUAUGGAAUCGACCAUCUUCCAACAUUGGUGUACUUCGAGGACAAAAUUCCUGCAAUCUAUGAAGGUGAUCUUCUGAAUGAAGAAGAAGUUUUGGAAUGGCUAUUGGAACAAAAGAACACAGCAACAAUUGAAGAAGUUACUGACGAAAUUCUCAAAGAACUCAUCAAUGAGCAUGAGUAUGUAGUUGUAUAUUUCAGUGGAAGAUGUGAAGAAGGUCAGAAAUGCGAUGAUAUUCUGGAGGAACUGGAAAAUAUCGAUGAUGAGCUGGAUGAGUCAGGAAUCAUUUUUGUGACGACAGAAGACACUUCUCUGGCCAAGAAGCAUGGCAUCAAAACAUUCCCAACUAUUGUUCUAUUCAGAAACAAGGAACCCGUUCUCUACAAAGGUGAUGUCGAAGAUGAAGAUGAAGUGCUGUCUUGGCUGACAGACGAAGACACUUUGGAAAUUCCUGGCCGGAUCGAAGAGGUCAACAUCCGAAUGUUGGAAAAUAUCUUAUCGGAGAAUGAGAAUGUCGUCGUUUUCUUCUAUAAAGAGGACGACAAGAAGAGUUUGAAGAUAAUCAGCGAACUGGAGAACAUCGAUGAUGAAUGUGAAGAGAAGGACAUUGAUUUCGUGAAGACUUCCGAUGAGGGUGUUGACAAGGAAUACGAUCUUCCUUCGCUCCCUUGUCUGGUUUUCUACAGAAACAAAUUCCGAAAAAUCUACAGCGGAGAUUUAAUGCAAGAAGAGGCGAUCCUGGAAUGGGUGCUCGAACUUCAUGAGUCUGAACCAGAUGUGAUUGAGAGUGUGGAUCGCAAAACACUUCAGGUUCUAAUAAAUGACGUUGAACAUCUUGCAGUAUUUUUCUAUGAUGACAAAUGUGAAUCAUGUCCUGAAAUUCUUGAAGAACUGGAAACAAUCGAUGAUGACACUGAUGAUCAUGGCAUUCAAUUUGUCAAAUCCAAGGACUCCAAGCUUGCAUCUGAAAUCGGAAUUUUCAGUUUCCCAGCGCUUGUCUAUUAUGAAACAGGUGUACCAAUCAUGUAUGACGGCAAUUUGCUUGAUGAAAAGCAAGUUUUGAACUGGAUGAUAAAACAGAAAACAGAUGAAAGCAUAGAAGAUAUUGAUAGAGAGAAGCUGUUCCAUUACAUUGAAACAAAGGAGUUUUUGGCUGUUGCAUUCUACUUGGAAGAGGAUCCAAAUACUCCAAGAGUCCUACGCCACAUUGAACUGAUUGACGAUGAGGCUUCCGAAUAUGGCAUUAAAAUUGUCAAAUGCAAGGAUCGACUGAUGGCCAAAAAAUAUGGAUUCAGAAAUCCACCCGGUUUGACCUAUUUUCGUAAAGGAAAGCACAUCAACUAUGAUGGUGACAUUGAUGAUGAUGAAGAGCUUCUGGACUGGCUGACCGACCCGGCCAACAUGGAGCUGACCGAGCAAAUCGAGCGCAUCAACAGGAAAAUGUUUGGGAAGUUGAGGCAGACAUCUGAUUAUAUUGCUGUAUUCUUCUACAGUGACGACUGCAAGCAGUGCAGCCGCGUUCUGGCAGAGAUAGAGCACAUAGACGACGAGGCGGAUGGAGCUGGCAUCGACUUUGUCAAGAUCGACGACAAGAAACUCGCCAAGGAGCUGGGUGUUUUCGCACUGCCCGCCAUUCUCUUCUUCAAGAUGACAUCCAAAGAGCCUGUUAUUUAUGCUGGAGAUUUGUACGAUGAGGCAGAAAUACUCAACUGGCUUCUCACUCAAAAAGAUCCUUCUGGAGAAGUUAUUGAGGAGUUUGAAGGAGAAGCACUACUCAAAGCUAUACAACAUUCAGAAUCACUCGCCAUCUACUUUUGUUUAAAUAUAUCUAUAGUUGAUCAUUCAUCAAAUGGUAAUGAAUCACUCUUCGAAAACAAUGACUAUAAGCCCGCUGAUGACUGUCAGCAAUGUAAAGAAAUCUUAGAAGAACUGGAGAAUAUUGACGAUGAUUGUGACCGACAUGGUAUCACAUUCAUAAAGACUCAGGACUUCCAAAUAGCUGAGAACUUCGGUGUUUCAGAUUUUCCAUCCCUCGUAUAUUUUGAAAAUCAAAUUCCAAAUGUGUUUGAAGGUGAUUUGGCAGAGGAGGAAGAAGUUCUACAAUGGCUUAUAACUCAGCGCACUGAAGACCGGAUAGAACUGAUUACCAGAGCAAUGUUGGAAACAAUGGUUGAAGAGACACAGUAUCUUGCAGUCUACUUUUACAAACUAUCCUGCAAUAUAUGUGACACCAUCCUUGAAGAUUUGGAGAAGAUUGAUGACGAGCUGGACGUAUUUGGAAUACAUAUGGUGAAGAUCCAAGACCCUCAACUGGCGAAACGAUACUCCAUCAAAACGUUCCCUGCCCUUGUUUACUUUCGUAAUGGCAAUCCUCUUCUUUUUGAAGGUGAUCUGCAGAAUGAAGAGUCGGUGUUGGAGUGGCUGAUCGAUGACGACAAUAGAGAGCUGGCUGAUGAGAUAGAAGAAGUCAACAAUCGCAUGUUGGAGCGUCUCCUUGAUGAGUCGCUAUUUUUGGCUGUAUUUUUCUAUGAUGAGGAAUGUCCAGAAUGUGAUGAAAUAUUGGAAGAACUUGAAGUAAUUGAUGGGGAAGCAGAUCUCUAUGGUAUUGACAUGGUGAAGAUUUCGGAUCCAGAAGCAGCAACAAAAUACAACAUCAUCAAUACUCCAUCUCUAGUUUACUUCAGAAAACGAGUUCCUUUACUUUAUGAUGGUGAUCUAUUUGACGAGGAAAAAAUAUUGGCUUGGCUUACAUCUCAGGACGUGUUCGAAAUAAGAAAUGAGAUUGAAGAAGUCAACAGGAAAAUGCUUGAUAAGCUACUGGAAGAAAAUGAAUUCCUAUCUGUUUACUUUUAUGAUCAUGAUGAAGAGGAAGAAAGCCAGGCGGUUCUUGAGAAGCUGGAAAAAAUAGAUUCAGAAACGGAAAACAUGGACAUCACAUUGGUGAAAAUGGGAGAUCCUAGAUACGCCCGUAAAUGGGGUGUUACCAAACUGCCAUCGGUUGUUUACUUCAGGAAUAGAUUCCCCAGCAUAUAUAGAGGUGACUUCACAAAUGAAAUGGAAGUGUUGGAAUGGCUGCGCAAGAACCGAUACAGACAACCAGAACUGAAUCUAUUCAUGUACGCAUUGAUUGCUAUAACACUGGCAUUCGUUGCAUACACCGCCUUCCUCAUGUACGGAUUCCAACAAGCACCCAAGCAGGUUUGAGAGGGGGGACAGCUGGCCAGGAUGCAAAUGUGGUCUCCGUCAAGCUGAUGUAUUCUUUCCAUGAAAGUAGCUGAGAGCUGAGAGCUUGCAAUUGCCAUCUCAUCAAUGUCGCCGUGCAAUGUGUGAUAGCCUACAGCGAAAAUAAACUAUUUUAAUAUUGUGAUUUAAUGAAAUGACUAGAAUGGUUUGUGUAAUUGGGUAAUCUAGUGAGGGAUUUAUUGGUGUGUAAUUAGAAAUAAAAGACAAUUAUUAUUUUGGAUCGAGAGGUGAGAAAAGUAUUGCGUGUAUCUGUAAUUAUAUAUGUUUAUGAUUUUCUGUACAUUUAUUUAGGUUCACAUUAUUAUAGGGUUGAUUUUAUCGUUUUGUGAAUGUAGAGAAUGCUGUAAAUGUAUUGAAUCGUGACAAUCUAUAAUAAAAUAAAUGAAAUUAUCAAAUUCUCAAUUCCAAAAAGUCAACACUAAAUAAGAAUUAUCCUCUAUUCCACGAUAUCAAAGUCAUCAUCAUGGUAGAGGUCAUACAACUAGAAAGUUUGAUAUUCAUCAAACAUAUUGACAAAUAAUAUAUUUGUCAUCUUCAUUUUAAAACAUAUGGUGCGGUACUCUUUUUCUUUUUCAAGCUCCUGUCUUUAUAUUAUCUUUCUCGUCCUUAUAAAUUAUCUGUUUUAAAACGAAUUUUCAACUAUAACUAGGCCUAAAACUUGACAUAUUAUGUCCUAUUCGAUUGAAAUAAGUGGUAAUACGUAUAUUAUACUCUAUUAUCUUCAUAUUAUAAUUUUCAAGGAUGAAUCCUUAGGUUCAUGUUAAUUAAAUGCUAUUUCUUUACUACGAUUAUAGAUUCUGUAUAAGCAAGGUAUCGUAUGAGAAAAAAAUCAAAUUCUAAAAAAUUUGCUCAAACUAUUUUCAAGAAAUAUUACUUAUUACUUCUCUUUCCCUCUUUGAAAAAUUGUGUACAUAUACAGUUUUUUUGACAUGUUGCUCUACAGCAAUAAAAUAGUUGAAUAUUAUGAUAAAAAAACUUGAAGUAGGUGUAGGUUAUAUUAUAAAUUAAGAUUGAAAAUGUAAGAAAAAGAAACAUAAAUUUAGAUGAUGCGGGUUUUUUGAAAUUUAGUAAAACUACAGAGCAAGCAAGCCUACUCCUAUUUUCGAUUAUUUAUGAAAGGAAUAUUUUGUGGCAAAAUUGCACAUUUAUUUAGUGGCAAGCUAUUAUAUUCUAUAGAUAGGCCUAUCUCUCUAAUGCAAAAUACAAUCAAUUUAUUCUCAUAUAACAUUAAAAAAUCUAUUUUCCUAGUGGGUUCUUAAACCUUCCGCAAUCUAAAUAAUAAAAAUAGUAUUUACUCUUCCAACAUGAAUAAUAAUGUAUUUUGGUCUCCAGAAUAAUGAAUAACAAUCCGUUUUUUUACAUAAUGGUGAAACUUUGCUAUAGAUACAAGUUGAUUUAUUUCAGUGAUUAAUUGUAGAACGGAAUCUAUUAUCAUUGUAAUAUUGUUGAAAAUAAACAAGAUUUUCUAAUUGUGAACUUUUGUGCAGUAAAAUCUGAAAAUAACAUAUUUUAUUCCGUUUAUUAAUAAUUUAUUGAGAACUUUCAUAAUUAUUGAAGCAUUGACUCUUUUUAAUAUUAAAGCAGAAGCAAAGUUGUCAUUUAUGAUUAUCAGAGUUUUAGGAAUAUCGUAUGAAGUCAUGCCAAUUUAUUUUAUUUUUCAAGAAUACCAACGAUGACAAUGUUGAAAAUCCAAUAAUAAAUAAUGAAAUGUA